CGCCUAUUUAAGCUUCUCGCGUUUAUGCAGUUGAAUCAGUCGAAAUUCGUAUUCCUGAACCGUGUAUACCCUUUUUUCCCUCCGAUCUACCUUCUUCUUUAACGAGAGGAAAACAAAAGAAAUAUUUUAAGAUGUCGGUCGUGCCUCUGAUAUUUCGCGAUUGGUGGGACGAUUUCGAACGUCCAGUGUCCCGAUUGAUGGACCAACACUUCGGCAGAGGACUGAAUCGAGACGACUUGUUAUCACGGUUUUCCGAUAUCAACUUCGAUAGACCUCUACGCUCGAUAUUUCGCGAUAGGUAUUACCGUCCAUGGAGUAACGUGACAGGUCAACCCUCGAGCGGAUCCAGCACGAUUCAACUCGACAAUAAGGACAACUUCCAGGUAAUACUGGAUGUUCAACAAUUCUCACCGGAAGAGAUUACGGUGAAGACGGUCGGUAAUAACGUUAUUGUCGAAGCAAAACACGAGGAGAGACAAGACGAGCACGGAUUUGUCAGCCGACAAUUCAUACGCAGAUACGUCUUGCCUCCAUCUCACGACGUGAUCAACAUUACCUCGAGUCUAUCUUCAGAUGGUGUUUUAACUAUCACGGCACCCAAAAAGGGAGAAACACCUAGUGGAGACGAACGAAUCAUUCAAAUCGUGAAAACCGGAGAACCAGCGGGUAAAUCGAUCAAAGUAGAAACGACUACAGAAGAAAAAUAAUAUGUAUUAUCUUCGAAAUUUAUUAAUUCUUAUUUAAUUGAAAUAUAAUUAGUAUUUCAAUUUCCGUAAAAUAAUUUAAAAUAAUAUUUUAUAUAAUAUUAAAAAUGAUAAAAAGUUUAAACAAUAUAAAUUGUUUCAAAAUAAUAUAAAAAAUUUUAUAAUUCAAAAAGUAUGUAUUUUUUUUUAAUUAUAUAAAUAUUCAAUGUUCAACAUUA